AUGGUAUUUCAGAUGAGCGGUAUAUUCCAAUUUGCGGUUCGAACACAAACCGAACUCGAAGCGAAGAUGACCUCAGUGGAGCGAGUGGCACAUUAUUGUAACCAUGUCGAAUCAGAGGAUAAUUGGGAAACGAAGAAGGAUGACCCACCAGUACCAUCGGACUGGCCCUCAAGUGGUGGUAUUGAAUUUAAGAAUGUCAAAUUACGUUAUCGUCCAAGCCUGCCACUCGCACUUGACGAUGUCACGUUUAGUAUUCCUCCAAAAGAAAAGGUUGGAAUCGUGGGACGGACAGGAUCAGGUAAAUCGUCAUUGUGCAAUGUUUUGUAUCGAAUGUAUCCGUUGACCUGGGGUGACAUUCAUAUCGAUGGCGUGAACAUCACGCACAUUGGUCUGCAUCGUUUACGACGUGCGAUGGCGGUCAUCCCACAGGAUCCAACACUUUUCGCUGGUACGAUACGAUUCAAUUUGGAUCCGUGUAAUGAGUUUACGGAUGAUCAGUUAUGGAACGCACUCGAGCAAACGUUCCUGAAAGAUAUGGUCAGUUUCUUUCGUCCAUUAGUGCCGCUUUGA